AUGGGGGUCCUGCACCUUGGCCCAGACCCCCGUGGUGGGACCCGGGGGAUAUUCGGGCUCCGUUACAUAACCGCUCUCACCUGGCGCCUGGCCUUGAUGGCCGCCCCCGCUUGGAGUGGCAGAGCGCCCCGGGAGCUUGGGGUCUCGGUGAACUCGACCAAGGAGAACGAGGCAUGGCUGGCUGAGGACCCGACACGGGUGCCCACGUGUGGGAGGCGUGCCCGGCGUCCGCGUUUCGUCCUGGGCGGGGGCUCAGGUCCGGGUGCCCUGGCCCGAAGGCUGCAGAGCGCAGGUCUGCGUGAAGUGCUCCUGGAGGGGGAGCCAGGCUCCUCGGGCCCCAAGCGGAUGCCCAUUGUCUCUGCCCUUGGCCUGGUCCUCGGCUCUGCCACAGGACCCUGGGCCCAGAGGGAGGGCCUGAUUGCUUUUGGCCGGGACCUGGGAGCACCUCUGGAGGUGGGCCUCCCCCCGACCCUGCUUCGCCCACCUGUCUCCUGGUCGGUGACAGUGUCCUGGGAGCCGCAAGGUUACGGGCAUGCUGCUCCCGGCACGGACGCGGGCAAGGCCUUCUGCAUGUUCUACGCGGUGCUGGGCAUCCCGCUGACGCUGGUCAUGUUCCAGAGCCUGGGCGAGCGGAUGAACACGUUUGUGCGCUACCUGCUGAAGCGCAUCAAGAGGUGCUGCGGCCUGCGCAACACGGAGGUGUCCAUGGAGAACAUGGUGACCGUGGGCUUCUUUUCCUGCAUGGGGACGCUGUGCAUCGGCGCGGCCGCCUUCUCCCAGUGCGAGGAGUGGAGCUUCUUCCACGCCUACUACUACUGCUUCAUCACGUUGACUACCAUUGGGUUCGGGGACUACGUGGCCCUGCAGACCAAGGGCGCCCUGCAAAAGAAGCCGCUCUACGUGGCCUUUAGCUUUAUGUAUAUCCUGGUGGGGCUGACAGUCAUCGGGGCCUUCCUCAACCUGGUGGUCCUCAGGUUCCUGACCAUGAACAGCGAGGACGAGCGGCGGGACGCCGAGGAGCGGGCGUCCCUGGCCGGCAACCGCAGCAGCAUGGUCAUCCACAUCCCCGAGGAGGCGCGGCAGGGCCGGCCCCGGUACAAGGCAGACGCGGCGGACCUGCAGUCCGUGUGCUCCUGCACCUGCUACCGCCCGCAGGAGUACGGUGGCCGCUCGGCGGCACAUCAGAACUCCUUCAGCGCCAAGCUCGCCCCCCAGUACUUCCACUCCAUCUCUUACAAGAUCGAGGAGAUCUCGCCAAGCACAUUAAAAAACAGCCUCUUUCCGUCCCCUAUCAGCUCCAUCUCCCCCGGGUUACACAGCUUUACCGACAACCACAGGCUAAUGAGACGACGGAAGUCCAUCUAGGUCUGGGGCGGGGAAUACAAGCCCGAGUCUUGUGUCCUCUUUGACGUUCAGUCUCAUGGGCCCAACUUGUCUUAUUUAUUAUGAUUAUCCUUUAUGAUUAUGAUUAUCGUCAUCAUUUUUUUUUUCCUUUCUCUCCUUCCUUCCUCUCUUGGUUUCAUUUCUUCCCCACCUUUCCAGCGAGACAGAGCAGGCCAAAGGGAAAAGAAAGCCCGUCUUCCUCUGAAACUCGCAUCUGAGCAUGAAGCAUGGAUUUUGUCCUUCUUCCCAGCAAAGUAUGCCUUACAUUUCUCCCCAGCCUGCCCCGUAUCUCGGGGUGGGGAGGGGUGGCUUUCCCAGGACAGGUGUGAGACCCAGACAAGGAGACAGCCCAGAGGAUACCGACCCAAAGUUGCACACCCCACUGAGUGACAGUGGCGUCUCUGACCCAGCUCCUCUCUCCUCCCAAGCAGCGGGUGGCCGUACGUGUGUGGUCUGAGUGUGUGCGAGUGAGGGCACACCCCAGUGUGCGUCUGUGUGUGUACGUGUGACGAGAUGGAAGGUGCCAGGUGUUCAUCUUUCUUUUCCAUCACACAGUUCUGUUAAUAGCCCGCUUUUGGCUGCUUCCAAACAAAAAGGGGAAAACAAAACCCAGGAGGUUCUUGAUUUAUCAUCUUGCCGAAUCAAGCAUGUUCCAUAAGCAGCCUUUAUCCCAGGCGUGUCAUGAUCCCAUUUUUUAACUGCUAGGUUCUAAAUUCUAUUAACUUCUUUUUAGGGGGUG